AUGUCACUAGUCAACGUGAUCGUGGAAAAUAUCAAGGUAUCAUCGGAGGAGUUUGGGGUAUAUCCUCACUCAUAGGACCUUUGGUCGGAGGUCUCUUUUCUGAUCACCUAAGCUGGAGAUGGGCUUUCUUUAUCAAUCUUCCAAUUGGUGCCAUAACUAUAGCAAUAGUAAUUUUGUUCUUAAAACUUCCAAGACCAACUGGUUCUUUGGGUGAAAAACUUAAAAGAAUUGAUUAUUUAGGUUCUUGUCUUGUAUUUAUUACCGUAGUUUGUUUAUUAUUACCAACUAAUUGGGGAGGUAAUAUUUAUCCUUGGAAUAGUCCUCAAAUCAUUUCUUUAUACAUUGCUGGUUUUAUUUUUUUAUUGAUUUUGGCUUAUGUGGAAAUUAAAGUGGCUUCUGAACCUAUAAUACCUGCUCAAAUAUUUAAA